AUGAGCGCGUUUCGUGAGAUGCCGAAAGAAGCUAUGCAAAGAUUUCAACGUACACAAAAUGCCGCAGACGAUAAGUGCGACGGCUGCGUAGCGGUGUCGGGCGACAAAGCUGAAAAUACGCUUGUGAAAGACACGCUGUAUCAGAUUCAGUUGGUGACGUCUCCUAAUAAGGGUUUUUAUGAGGCUUCCGUUAGAUGGAACAAAGGUUCUCCUCUGCUUCUUGGAGAAAUUAGCCGUAUUGACGCGUAUAAAGACCAGCCACAUUGUAUCGAAAAAGAUUUCCCACACCUCCGAAAAUAUUGUUACUGCAAUAAGCAAAGUCAUUGA